AUGGCUAUCCUUCAGCAAUAUUCUUGGAUCAUUGCGUUGAUCUCUAUUGCGUUCUGCGUGAGCUCUUUUGGAAAUGGUGCCAACGAUGUUGCCAAUUCUUAUGCUACCUCAGUAGCAGCACGGACUCUGACCAUGCCGCAAGUCGGUAUUCUGGCUAUGAUAACAGAAUUUGUUGGUGCUGUGGCUCUUGGUUCGCGAGUUACUGGUACGAUUAAAAAUAAUAUUAUCGACAUCAAUCACUUUACUGCAAAACCGGCCACCUUGAUUCUCAUCAUGGGCUGCACCGAGUUUGGUAGCGCAACGUGGUUGAUAGUAGCCACCAAGUUUGGAUUUCCUGUGUCGACCACACAAACAGUUGUCGGUGCCCUUAUUGGUGCAGGUAUUGCUGCAGGUGCCGAUGUAUCAUGGAGUUGGAAAUCAGGAAGCGUGUCCCAGGUUGCAUCUUCAUGGGCUAUCGCGCCUUUGAUCGCCGCAGGCUUUUCUGCCAUUCUAUUUGGCACCAUCAAAUUCGGCAUCCUAAACCGCAAAGAUCCUUUCAAGUGGGCCAUGCGACUCACUCCUUUCUACUAUGCAUUUACAGCCGCUGUGCUGGCGCUCUUUAUGGUUGUCGAAGUUCCUAACGGAGAUUCGCUGGAGGAAUUCGGCGUCGGCAAGAUCCUGGGUAUUGUCUUUGGUACUUUUUUUGGUGUGCUCGGCUUUGCCUACAUCUUCUUCAUCCCCUAUUUUCAUCGCCGCAUCGUAGCGGGUGACACUCGCAUCAGAUCAUGGCACAUCCCUCUCGGCCCUCUCCUCUGGCGCGAUAAUCCACCACUCUACUGGCCUUCGAAACGAGGCACUGGCGUCAAGGACUACUCAGGUGGAGCCAAGUUAACAGGCCAUGGCCAUACAGCGACGGCCGCUUCACAAAACACACCAGUUAUGGCCUCCAAAGCCACUCGUCCUGAGGGCUCAGAGUCGCCAGUCCCAGAUUCAGAGAAAAACGCAGUUCACCAAGGACCAUUGGAGCAUGCGGUAGUGAGAGAUGCUCGCGAGAAAUAUCUUGGCCCUACCGAAGGCAAGAAAUUCUACCACCCAAUGCGCGCUUUUGCCUAUGUCAACUAUAUAUUCUGGCGUGGUGUCAGUAAAGAUUGUGUCACCUUCGAUGAUGAGCACCUUCAUAAAACUCAUGCUCAUGCAGCAGUCUACGACAACAAUGUGGAACAUCUUUGGACAUACGCUCAAGUUGCUUCUGCCAUGAUGAUGUCUAUUGCCCAUGGUUCCAAUGAUGUUGCGAACUCUGUAGGUCCAUGGGUUGCCGCGUACCAAACAUACACGACUGGUACAGUUAGUAGCAAGGGAGACACACCAGUCUGGAUCUUAGUCAUCGCAGGUUUUCUUCUCGGUACUGGAUUUUGGUUCUUUGGAUACCACAUUAUCCGCUCCCUGGGAAACCGCAUCACUCGUGUCAGCCCCACUCGAGGCUAUUCUAUUGAGUUGGGCGCAGCAAUCACCGUGCUACUGGCUUCCCAAUUGGCACUUCCGGUUUCAACUACUCAGUGUCUGACUGGAGCGACAGUGGGUGUAGCAUUGAUGAAUUUCGAUGCUGCUGCGGUGAACUGGAAGCAGUUGGGUUUUAUUUUCAUGGGAUGGAUUAUCACUUUGCCCGCUGCUGGAUUGAUAGCCGGCCUGCUGACGGCGAUGGCGCUGAACACUCCUCACUUUUAA